GUUGGUGACGUGUCAGUUUGUUUACAGCGGUCCCUGCGCUGCAGCUGCGCUGAAAUGGCUGUGGAUAUAACUUUACUUUUCAAAGCCAGUGUCAAGACAGUAAAAACCAGGAACAAAGCGAUUGGAAUAGGCUUUGACUCUGCCAAAGAUGAAAUUUUCAAGAGAAGCAGACCCAAGAGUGGCUUCUCUCCGAAGGCGAAAGAAGUGAUCACGAACAUCACCAAGCUCAAAGACUUUCUGCUACAACACAGAAAAGAUUACGUGAGCGCCGGAAGCCUCAUCUCAUCAGAUCUUACCCGUAUGACAGACAAUGAACGAGACCAGAUUGACCAGGAUGCUCAGAUCUUCAUGAGGACCUGCUCUGAGGCUAUCAAGCAGCUACGCAAUGAAGCGGUGAAGCAAGUGACAUCAGCCCAGAUAAAGGAGCACAGAGGGGCAGUGCUGGACCUCAUUGAAAUUUAUCUGAGAGGAGUAUGUAAGCUGUACUCUGAACAGAGAGCAAUCAGAGUCAAGAGAAUGGUGGACAAGAAGAGGCUGUCCAGACUGGCACCAGAACACCACAUUCGAGUGGCGAAAACACUGGAGGUGGAGCCUACAGAGGAGAAGACUGUCAAGGAGGAAAGUUCUGAGAAGAGUGUGUCGGAGGUCCCCAACAACCCGGUCAACCUGUGGGAGGAGGGCCGAGUGGAGGACGAGCUCUCUCCUGAGGAGAUCCAAAUGUUUGAGCAGGAGAACCAGAGGUUGGUGAGUGAGAUGAACAGCCUGGUGGACGAAGUGAGACAAAUCGAGGGGAAGGUGGUGGAGAUCUCUCGACUGCAGGAAAUCUUUGCUGAGAAAGUCCUGCAACAGGAAACAGAGAUCGACAGUAUUCAUCAGCUGGUUGUGGGUGCUACAGAAAACGUCAAAGAAGGCAACGAGGAUAUACGAGAGGCAAUCAAAAACAACGCUGGCUUCCGGGUAUGGAUCCUGUUCUUUUUGGUCAUGUGCUCUUUCUCUCUCCUCUUUCUGGACUGGUACGACAGCUAACACAUCUAGCCAGCAUGGACUCUAUACGGCAGGAAACCGUCUGGCUCUGGCACAUGUUGGUUAUCUCAUACAGACGUGAUGAAAUCACUGAGACUGAAUGCACGGUUUACCAUGCUGGACCUGGUGUACAGAGUGCUCUUCAUGAAGAUUCUGUGUUCAAGUGGAGAUGGCAGUUUGUUCUUCCCUGAUGCUAUCUAUUAAUGUUUGUCCAGGGCAGCUUCGAUGUUUAAAAGCACUUGAAUGGACGCAAGCUUUGUAUGGAGCACUGUGUCCACUUUAAAGGUCUUUUUAUAGUUGUGCGUAGAAUCGACGGCGUAGACGCAGACCCCUCUGCGUCUUCACCGGACCCUACGCCGUAGCCUGACGUGCACUUCUCGAAAAAUGUAACUACACGUCGC